AUGAAGAAGUUUGAUUUUAGACCAAGGACUCGUCAGCAAACAGAAGCUGAGAUGUUGAAGAAGCUUGAUGAAGUGAAAAAGAAAAGACAACAGGAAGGAAAUGCCACGAAGUCACAGAGAUUGGGUCGACUAGGCGAGGUUCAAAGGGAAAAAACAACUGAACUAGUCGUAUUGGAUGACAGUGAAGAUGAAGUUAAGUUCAUUGAGGUACGUGAUAGAGGCGAGUGUAUGAAAGGGAAGGAAUUUGUUUCGCUUGACGACGACAACGAAGAUGCGGAUCAAAAUGAUGGCUUGAUUGCUGGAAAUGUGAAGCUUGUGGAAAAUGAUAGCGAUAGCGAUAGUGAUGGGUUUAUUUCUAGGAGCAAGAUGGGUGUAGAAAUAGAGACAGAUGAAAGUUGUUAUGGGGUGGAAUUAAGUAGAGAAAAAAUAAGGGAACAGCGGUUUCGCAGCCGUUUAGAUUCGGGAACAAGAAAUGAGGAUGAUAAUGACAGUGAUAAUGAAAUCUUUGGUAUUUCAGAAGAGGAUGCAGCAGAAGGGGAGUCUAAUUCUGAUAAAGACGAUAAAGAUUACAUCGAUAAUUCCGAUUCUGAGGAUUCUGAAGUGGAAUCAUCUGAGAGCUCUGAUUAUGUCGAGGAGGUCAGUAGCAAGGAGGAAUUUGGGGUAGAAGAGGAUGACGAGGAAGAUGAGAGUGAGGUUAGAUUGAAGGGGAAAGGAAGUGGAGUUCUACUUAGUAAGGGAAAGAAGGAUGAAGAUGAUGAUUGUGGAGACAAGGAUGACUCAUUUCAAGGUGGUCGAAAGGCUAAUUGUGUGGCAAAACGUACCACAGCUCAUCAUACUUCAGAAGCUGGUACGCAAAGAAAGAAGCUUGGAAGAGUACCCCGCCCACUUCGUGUUGAUGUUCAGGAUCCGCAUGAUGAUGACUUUAUUUGUGUCGACGACGAUGGGAUUCAUCCCAGCAGUAAGGGAACUGGGUCUCAGAAACGGAAAAUAGGUGUGCAGGAUUUGAGUGGGAAACGAUCCUUUAAAAGAAAACGCAACCGUGCCUGCAAAGAGGAUGAAGUGAUCAGAAUUCUUGCGGAUACAAUAUUGGACCAGGCAGAAGCACCUUUUGAAGAGAAAAAUGAACCAGUCGAGGAGACAACUCUUCCACUGAAGUUUACAUUCGGAGUUGAGGAGUCAACUCCACCAGAGAAAUCCGAGGAGGAGAAGGAGUUGGAUAAACUUUGGGCUGAGUUUGACUUAGUGCUUUGGUCUCUGAAUUCGAAUUAUAAUGCAACGGUAUAUGUUUGGCUUGGUGUUUUUGUGUUCAUUAACUUCAUUCAGUUUUAUUGGAAAAUGCGGAGUGUUAUAAUCGUCUACAUAAUGAAACUAAUGCUGUUUUAUGUCGAUCAACAGGAUGAAGAUGCAGCUGACAUUUCUUCUGAGGUGGAAGCUGAUACAGCUACUCUUUGUUAUCAAGGAAAACAUCUUCUCGUUCUUCAUGAAGAAAUUGGCCUUAAAUGCAAACACUGCUCUAUUGUGGAUCAGGAGAUCAGAUAUUGUGUACCACCUUUCAGUACAAAUCCUUUUGGAAGAUCAGCAAGGAGAGGCCAUUCCACAAUGCAACAUGACGUCCUCGAUGGGUUUAACCAUCAAGACUCUGACACUCAGUCUGAUUGUGAUCCCAACAAUCAUGCGCCAGGCACUGUUUGGGACUUAAUUCCUGGAAUUGGAAAGGGAAUGCAUGAACAUCAACGUGAAGGCUUUGAAUUUCUGUGGAAAAAUAUAGCUGGAGGGACUAGUCUUGAUGCAUUGAAGGAGAAAUCUAGUUCUAGUGGUGGGAGUGGCUGCAUUAUAUCACAUGCUCCAGGCACCGGAAAAACUCGCCUAGCGAUAGUCUUUAUCCAGGCUUACAUGAAGCUAUAUCCAACAUGCAGGCCCGUGAUUAUUGCUCCUCGCAGCAUGCUACUUAGUUGGGAAGCAGAGUUCCUGAAGUGGGGUGUUGAUAUUCCCUUUCACAAUUUGAACAAGGAGAACUUUUCUGGUAAGGAAAACCGGGCUGCCAUGAAUUUUCUAAAGCGACUUAAACCUGGACAAUGCAGUUCAGCUUCUAUCCGUAUAGUGAAGUUAUAUUCCUGGAAAAAGGAAACUGGCAUUUUGGGUAUCAGCUAUGGACUUUUUGAGAAGCUUGCUAGAGAAGACAAGGGAAAGAGAAGAGUGCGUCAUAUGACUGAAGAUGACCAGGUGAGGAAAGCCCUUCUCGAACUUCCACAUCUUAUAGUUCUUGAUGAAGGGCACACACCUCGCAACAAGCAGAGCCUUAUCUGGAAAGUUUUGUCAAAAGUCAGAACACAGAGGCGCAUAAUGCUCUCAGGAACUCCCUUCCAGAACAACUUUGAUCAGCUUUACAACACCCUGUACUUGGUGAAUCCCAAAUUCGCAGAUGAGAUCUCUUCCAAACACAGUAAAGCUUUGAAAAAAAAACACGGUCUCAAGGAAAACGAGUCAAGAGGGAAUUGGUUUUCUCUAACGAAUGCGCUUGGCAAGGUUAUUGAUGAUGGAGUGGAAGAUGACAGACUAAAAGAGGUCAGAAAAGUGAUUCGGCCCUUUGUUCAUGUGCACAAGGGUACCAUUCUUCAAGAAGAACUUUCUGGGUUGAGGGAGUCUCUAGUUAUUUUAGAGCCGGUUGGCUUGCAGAAGCGCCUCCUUGAUGGUCUUCAGAAUAUGAAGAGGCAGCUUACUUUCAAUUUGGAUAACUGGAUUUCUUCCGUUUCUGUGCAUCCUUCUCUAUUGAAGGAAUCAGGUGAAACAGAAGAACUACAAGUUGAUUGGGAUGAAUUAAAAAGGCUCCGAAAGAAUCCAAAUGCUAGUGUUAAAACUCACUUUCUUAUGGAACUCAUCCGCUUGAGUGAGUCUACAAAUGAGAAGGUUCUGGUAUUUUGUCAGUAUCUUCCUCCUCUGAACCUCAUAUGCAAACAGCUGGAAUCCCAGUUCGGUUGGGCCAAAGGGAAAGAGGUUUUGUACAUGGAUGGAGCUCUUGCCACAAACAAGCGUCAAUCAUUGAUCAGUCAUUUUAAUGAUCCCCAAAGUAUAUCCAAGGUGUUGCUUGCAUCGACAAAAGCUUGUUGUGAAGGGAUUAGCCUUGUUGGGGCUUCAAGAGUUGUUUUGCUUGAUGUCGUGUGGAACCCCUCAGUAGAAACCCAGGCCAUAAGCCGUGCUUAUAGGCUGGGCCAAGAAAAGGUCGUGUAUGUUUAUCAUCUAGUCACAUCUGGCGAAGAGGAAAAAUAUUGUCGUCAAGUUAGGAAGGAGCGGCUUUCUGAGUUGGUGUUUUAUUCAGCAGACAAAACAGGCAAUGAGAAGAAAGUUUCCUCGGAUAAUUCAGAUGAUCCAAAGGAUAGAUUUUUGGAAGCAAUGGUGGAGCAUGAGAGGCUCAAGGACAUGUUUAAGAAGAUAAUAUACGAGCCAAGAGAUUCUAGUUUGGUCAAGUCUUUUGGUUUGACAGAUCUGUAG